AUGGACUACCUCCAGCAACUUGAUGAUGAGCAGCUUGAAGCACUUGCAAAGGAACUGGGCCAACUUCUAGAGGAAGACUUGCCUCUUUUCUAUCUGGAUCCAGAUUUCCUUAAUCCAGUUCUUGAUUUUGGCAAAGUAGUGUUCUUGGACAGCACUACAAACUCCACACUUCCUGCCAUGGAUGAGGCCAAAACUCUUGAGAAAAUAGAUAUUCCAGACCUCAUUCUGGAUCUUUCUGAAGCACCAUUGGAAAAACUAAGCAGUUAUGAUGCUAACAUGAACUCAGUCUUCAAGAUAAGAAUGAGUGAAUACUCCACCCCUUAUUAUUACCAGCAGCUUGGUACUGACCCCUCCAGGAAAAUCAACCACUUGACAAAUUAUAUCAAGCAACUGCAGCCUUUCCUCCAGCAUAUCAGGGAUACCAUUCAUGAUUUGUUGAUCAAGUACAAGAAGAAGUGA